AUGCGACCUGCGCCGAAGGCCAGCCAGCGGGACUUCUACACCUACCUCCGGUACGGCGGUUUCGCGCUCCUCGCGUUCGGACUCGGCGUCCCCGUCUGGCAGGGCUACGUGGGCCGCAAGGUCGACUACUACAGCGGAGCGAUCCCGAAGUCGAACCUGAGCCGCGGGUCGUACCUCAACUCGGGCUCAACGGACAUCGGGCCUGACCACUCCACCAAGCCAGGCGGGCCCACCAGCCCCUACAUCCGCUCGAAGGACUGA